CAUUCACUGCUGUGUCCGCCUUCCGUGCUUCCCCACCACGCACCAGCAUGGAGCCUAUGACGUAACUCCACGGCCCGCCGCGCCCCUGGAGGGAGAACGAUGACGAUCGUCCGACCUUGGCCAGGCUGAAAGGCUGUUUGCAUUGGCCCAUCUCGAACGGGCAGUGACUAACAAUGGCGCCGGUCUCCAAGGCAGGUCGUACGUAAACCCUUUCUUCCUUUUGCUUCCACGCGACGGCUUCGUUUAAAACCAGCUUCUCUCCCCGCCAUUCACGCUCCCGUAGUCAGUUCUUCCACAAACAAACACACCAACGAUCCUCCUGCUCAUCACCAAGAAUCACGAUCACGAGACACCCACCAUCAUCUACAACAAACAAGCGACUUUAGAGUUUCACAGUAUCCAGCACUACCAGACCUCAUUUGCACACCUACCUGAGAUACCCCGCCAUCUACCUCCCCGCGCCUAAUUAAUCACGACGAACAGCCCGUCGUCGCCUCUUCUGCAAACACACACCAACCCACACGACCACUCAAUCACAGUCACAAUGGCCAAGGGCGAGGCUUCCACUGCCAAGGUCCACUUCAAGGGCAACGAGGACGACUUCGUCGUGUUCCUUGACGACGUCGAGGACUUCAAGAAGUGGCAGACGGACAAGUCAGUCCCAAUGGCCAACUUCAUGUCCGGCUUCAAGGUGUUUGUGACGCACAGGCACGGUGCACAGGGAACAUUGGACGGCGCCUCAAACGCGACCAUGGACAACGAAUUCGGCACGCACGUCGACGAGGAGGUCAUCAAGCAGAUUCUCGAGAAGGGCACGUUGCAGGAGACCGAGUUUGCCGAGCGUCAAGGUCGUAAGAAUGACGCCAACGGCUCCUACAUGGCUUAGAGGGUUAGGCGCAUCUCCAACAGGAAUCAGUGAAAGGUUAGAGAGGGCAGGCGUUUUGGCAUCCGGGCCCGUCGGUGCUUCCUCGUGGCCAGGAGACGUGUGCGGUUCUGAUUGACAAAACACAUUGGUGGCGCUUGGACUGCCCGGCUGGUUUGAUGAUUAUCGGGGAAAGGGGAGUGGUGAGAGGAUGCAAAUGAUGGGACAAGGAAGAGCCCAUCUAGCUCUCAGGUAGCCACACGACAUGAUCGAACAAGCGAUGAUUGACUAUUCUCGUGCGUCUUGUCGCAUAUUUUCAUGCAUGCGUGUGAUGGUCGCCUGAAUGAAGGACAACCGGCAGGUGCUGUUGCGCAAGUGAGAUGUUUCAUGGCUUUGUUGUU